AUGAAGCUCUAUCAGGUCGCCCUGGCGGCCGUGUGCUGCGCGCGACUGGCCGAGGGCUGGGUGUCGAGCGUCGCGCGGCCGCUGCGGUCGCCGCACGCCCCGCGCGAGAGCUUUCGGCGCGCGCGCGUCGCGGUUCGCGCCGAGGGCGACGAGGCCAGCCACGGCGAGCGGCCCAUCUCGAGCGAGUGGGAGCUCGACUGCUUCAGCCGCCCCGUGCUCGUCAAGGGCAAAAAGCUCUGGGAACUUUUGAUCACCGACGCGUCGGGCCAGUGGCGCGACGUCGUGGCGCUGCCCGCGACGGGCGUCAACUCGGUCGCCGUGCGCAAGGCCAUCGAGGACGUCAUCGCGCGCGCGCCCGUCAAGCCGACGGUCAUCCGCUUCUUCCGGCGGCAGAUGCUCAACAUGCUCACCAUCGCCCUCAACGGCGUCGCCGCGAACCGGCCGACGCUGCGGGUCACGCCGAGCCGCGCGACGCACGCGCUCUACGACUGGAUCGAGGAGCGCGAGGCCGACGUCUACCCGGGCAUGGAGGGCUACAGCCCCGGCGCCGGCGCGGCGACGCGCGACCGCAUGACGGCGCCCGUGACGGCGUCGCGCCUGCCCGAGGGCCUGCGGGGCGAGCAGUACGCUUUCGUGACGCUGCCGCUGUCGGAGGUGCUGUCCGGCGGCGGCAUCACGGAGGAGAACGUGGGCGUGGGCAAGCUCAUCAACGUCAAGCCGGCCUACGAGGUCGACGCGCUCCUCCCGGGCAUCGCCAUCCUCACGCGGCGCUCCGACGCGCUCGCGAUGAGUCUGGCGUCGACGGAGCUCGCGGGCGUCCGCGCGGACGCGGCCCAGCGCCAGCUCGUCCUCGACGUCGCCCUCGACGAGUCCUUCCUCGUCGCCAAGCUCGACGACGACCAGCGCGUCGAGGCCGCGGCCUUCGAGAAGGCCAAGCAGGGCCUCGGCGGCCUCCACUUCGUCGUCGUCCAGUCGCCCGAGGACGACGGCGUCGAGCCCGCGGGCUUCUGGCUCCUCCGCGAGACGCAGAACGCCUAG